AUGGCUCGCGCAGUCAUUUUAGUGGCAAUGUUUUGCCUCUAUGCAGCAACCGUGAUUGCUGAAGAUCCAUAUGUUUACUACACAUGGAAUGUCUCUUAUGGUACGAUUUCUCCAUUGGGUACUCCACAACAAGCUAUCCUCAUCAACAACCUGUUCCCUGGCCCUGAGAUCAAUUGCUCCAGCAACAACAACAUCGUUGUCAAUGUCUUCAACAACCUGGACGAGCCUCUCCUCUUCACCUGGCAUGGUAUCCAGUUGAGGAAGAAUUCAUGGCAAGAUGGUACACCAGGAACAAUGUGCCCCAUCCAACCGGGGACCAACUACACCUACAAGUUCCAGGUGAAGGAUCAGAUCGGUAGCUACUUCUACUUCCCAAGCCUUGGGCUCCAUAGAAUGGCUGGUGGUGUUGGUGGCUUGAGAAUAUUCAGCAGGUUGUUGAUCCCAGUUCCAUACCCAGAUCCCGAGGAUGAGUACUGGUUCCUCAUUGGUGACUGGUACACCAAGGGCCACAAGGCACUCAAGCAGAUCCUUGACAGAGGCGAGUCCAUUGGAAUGCCUGACGGUGUUCUCAUCAACGGUCAAACUGCUAAACUCGACGGCAAAGAGAAACCACUCUACACAAUGAAGCCUGGAAAGACCUACAAACUCAGAAUCUGCAACAUUGGUAACAAAGACUCCUUGAACUUCAGAAUCCAAGGCCAUCCCAUGACACUUGUUGAGACGGAAGGCUCCCACACCGUUCAGAACACCUACGAGUCCCUUGAUGUCCACGUCGGACAGUGCUUCACCGUUCUCGUCACCGCCAAUCAGGAGCCAAGGGACUACGUGGUUGUUGCCUCCACUCGCUUCACCGGUUACUUCCUUGACGGAAAGGCACUCAUUGGCUACGAAGGCUCCGAUAAAGCCGCUUCCUUGUUCAUUCCACACGCUCCUAUAACCUGGUUCUGGUCUCUCAACCAGUUCAAGACAUUCAGAUGGAACCUUACUGCUAGCGCCGCCAGGCCUAACCCUCAGGGAUCUUACCAUUACGGUCAGAUUAACAUUACUCGCACCAUCAAGUUCGUCAACUCUGUCUUCAGGGAUCGUGGCAAGCUCAGGUACGCCAUCAACGGUGUUUCCCACGUUGAUCCCGAGACUCCACUCAAACUCGCUCAGUACUACGGCGUUGAUGAUAAGGUCUUCAAGUACAACAUCAUCAGCGACAACCCCCACGAUUUCAUCAGCAAGAUCACCGUCGCCCCUAACGUCCUCACCGCCACCUUCCGGGAUUUCAUCGAGAUCAUCUUUGAGAACCCCACCAUAUCCGUCCAGUCCUACAACCUUGGCGGUUACUCCUUCUUCCUCGUCGGCAUGGAGGAAGGAAGGUGGAGCCCAGAAAGGAGAGAGAGCUACAACCUACUUGAUGCAGUGAGCAGGCACACCGUGCAAGUGUUCCCUAAUUCAUGGUCGGCGAUUUUGUUGACAUUCGACAACGCUGGAAUGUGGAACUUGAGGUCGGAGAAUGCGGAGAACCGCUACCUGGGACAACAGAUGUACAUUAGUGUGUUGUCACCGGAGAAGUCGUUGAGGGAUGAGUACAACCUUCCCCUGACGCAGCAAAUCUGCGGUAUCGUAAAGGACAUGCCAGUUCCGGGACCUGUGUACCACUAG